AAUCUGUAGCAAGGGUUUAUUAGGUACUAGCUUUGUUAUCCACACCUGCUUAGAAAUAAACGAGAUGAAGAGCAUCUGCUGGUGUAGGAGGUGUGAUGCUGAGUGGAGUGGGGGAGGGGCAGCAGCAGCCUGCUCCUACUAGAUGGGAGGAUGCGCUGGAAGACGGGCUGGAUAGCCAGCCGGAUAAUGGGAUUUACCAGAACCGUAUGAGUCGGUUCCGUCCGUUUCCCCGUUCCUUCCCCCUUUCACACACCAGCCUCGGUGGCUGCUCCGUUGCCGCCUGCCGCUCCAUACCGUGUCCCUACAGUCGUUCAGCUGCUGCUCUGCCUGGAGACAGGCGGCGCACCGAGGCGACGCCACCAAAGUCCUGUCGGGCCUGAUCAGAAUAUUUCCCUCAUCAGUGAUCAGUGCUCAGCAACACCUCAACUAAAAUAUCCUGCCUCUCAAUGUUAUGGCUGUGGGGUUUGUGCUUCUCUUGUCCCUCCUGCUCCCGUCCCCACGCCCGUCUCUGGGUGUGUCUCCUCCCUGUCCUGCCGGCUGCCGCUGCUACAGCCUCACUGUGGAGUGUGGCUCCACCGACCUGAGGGACAUCCCCAGACUCAUUCCUCCUUCCACUCAGACCAUCUUCCUCCAGGACAAUGUGAUCAGUCAGAUUCGCCGAGUGGACCUAACGCUGCUGAAGCACCUUCAUUAUCUGUAUCUGCAGAACAACACCAUUUCAGGUGUGGAGCCUGGCUCUUUUAGGGACCAGAGCCAGCUGUUGGAGCUCGCCCUGAACGGAAACCGGAUCCACUUGCUCACACCGAACAUGCUUCAGGGGCUUGAACAGCUCCGCAUACUGUACCUGUCAGGAAAUGACAUCACACGCCUGCUGGACUAUACCUUCCAGGGUUUACAGCGUCUGCAGGAGCUCCACUUGCAGCAGAACAGCAUAGAGAUGAUAGCAGACAAGGCUCUGUUUGGUUUGACUUCUCUGGCUCUGCUGGACCUGAGCAGGAAUAACCUCCACACCAUUGGUCCUACAUCCCUGCAGCCGCUGGUUAGCCUGCAGGUACUGCGGAUUACAGAUAACCCCUGGCGCUGUGAUUGUGCUCUCCACUGGCUGAGGAGGUGGAUUGAUGAAGAUGGUCAGCGUCUGCUCAGCUCUGCCGAACGCCGGCUGGUCUGUAAUGAGCCACCACGUCUUUCCCACCUCAGCCUUGUGGAAGUCCCACUCAACAGCCUGGUGUGUAUCCCUCCAGUAGUUCAGCUGGAACCAAGAAGGUUGGCAGUCCAUCUGGGGGAGAGCCUCAGGGUGUCCUGCCAUGCCUCCGGCUAUCCCCGGCCACAAGUGACUUGGAAGAAAGCAUCUCAAAGUCAAGUGGUGGACUCCCCUCGGGGUCUGGUUCAGGAUCUGGGUGCUGGAGGAGGGGAAGGGUCAGAGGAGCCGUUUGUAGGCAGAGUCAGCCUCCAGAAGACCGCCGGCGAGUACUUUGACCCUGACACUGGCAGUGGCAUGCUGUUCCUCAGUAAUGUGACUGUGGCCCACGCAGGUUUUUAUGAAUGCGAGGCCUGGAAUGCAGGAGGUGUAGCCAGGGUGACUUUUCAGCUUGCUAUCAACUCAUCUACUUCUUCCUCAAUUUGGGCCUCAUGGUCUCAGGUUUCCUCAGCGUAUUCCCCAGCUUGGCCCCGGCUGAGGAACCACAGCCCGGUUUUGGGUUCUGAUGUGAGCCGGGAGCCGCUAUACGCUCUGGGCAGCAUGGCCUUCAGUGCUCUGGGAGCUGCCACUCAGACUGCCAUCGCUGUGGGCAUCUCCCUGCUGGCUUUGACUGCUCUGCUGCUAGUAGCCAUGAUCUACAGCCGACAUCACCAGCGGGACAAGGACGCCGACGGCGCUGAAAAGCAGGAGGAGAGCAUCCUGUAUGUGAAUGACUACUCUGACGGCCCCACCACCUUUGCCCAGCUAGAAGAGUACCGUGAUGAACAAGGCCAUGAAAUGUAUGUACUGAACAGAGCCAAGCCUGUGCUUCCCCCAGCAGUCUCCACUACUGAUCUGGACUGCCACGCACCAUCCGACACCUCCAGCCAAACCCUGUCCAUUGGGCCAGGCAAAACUACAAAUCCCACUGUCCCUCAGAACAAACAGGAGCAGCAAGAGAUUGACAUACGAACCAUGAGACGCAUUGCAGGGGAAGGAGGAGAAGCAGAGCCUAUUAUCACAUCAGAGGCUGAAGGGUUGUUUCUCAACCACACUGGGGUGUUUAUGGAAUCUCAGAUAGCUUAUGAGAUCCACUGCUAAAGGACUGCAGACAGACAGUAUUGUACCUUUGAAAAACCUCAUUGUUUAAUUUAGCAAUGAACGAUAAAGGCUCCCCCUGCUGACGCGUUCUGGAACACCAGACUCACCCAGGACAGACCCGAACAAUCCUGAACAAGAUAAAGCUCACAACCUGAAAACAGUUCAACCUUAAUACAGUUCUGAUGGAACUGUAUGAUGAGCUCUCAGGUAGGCUAUUAUAUACUGGUUUUGGAGGGGAGCUCUGGGGCUGGCCUCAUCCAUGACAGCAGAAGACCUAUACUACUGUAUUACUGUGGAAAGAAACUGGUGAAAAGUUGACCACGCUAUCAAGUUUCUCCUGUUAAGUUCUAGGGAAAGCUUGUGUGGUUGAAUAACAUGUUCAUCGAUGUACAGGAACUUUGUUGAACCACUAGAAGGAUGUACAGUUAGAUCAAGUGGACAAAAAUAGAGUUUUGUAGUUAUAGAUAAAAUAUUUGAAAUCUGAUUCCCAUCUCUUGCUGCUAUCAUUAUAACUUGAUGUUAAAUUCCGGACAAUAAAAAACAGGGUUUUUCCAUUCUUUCCUCCCCCAACAUUUACACAUGUGGACAAAAUUGUUGAUACCCCUCACUUAAUGAAAGAAAACCCACAAUGGUCACAGAAAUAACUUGAAUCUGACAAAGGGAAUAAUAAAAAAUAAUUAUAUGAAAAUAAAUGAAAGGCAGACACUGCUUUUCAAACAUGCUUCAACAAUUAUGUU